AUGAAUAAGGACGUGUGUGAAAAGUUCAAGAAUGUAACGACGAAUUUAAAAUAUGAUUCGAAUAAUGAAAGCUAUAAAUUUAUAAAUAAUGAAUAUUUCCAAGAGUAUUGUACUGGUGAUAGUUGUGAUAAUGAUCUCGACAAAAUUAAUGCUGGAUGUUUAUAUUUGUUUGAUGCAUUUUUUAAGGAUAUUUCUGCGUUUAGAAUGACUGUAAAAGGAAACAUUGAUAUUGUUGAAUACAUUUUGAUAUGGUUAAGUUAUAUGUUAAGCCUGAUCAAAAGUAAAGAAGAUAAUAGAAAGCAUUUUUAUAAUACAUAUAUAAUGGAUGGUGAUGAGUAUACUAAUAAUAUAAAUUAUAUUAUUGAUUUUGAUGGUUAUAAGGAUCUUAUAGAUAAAAAUUAUUAUAUUUUAAAUAUGGAUAUUAGCAUUAUAUCUAGAUUAUAUGAUGCAUUUAAUACAUUAUGUGACAUAUAUAAUGGGCUUGAUACAAACAGCUCAAAUUGCGCGAACUAUUCGGAAAAAGCUAGACAAUUUAUUCAAAAAUAUGAAGAAUUUAACAUAGAUCAUAACAUUACUAAAGAUAAACCCUAUUUUCAUGCAUUGAUUACUAUAUUAAAUGGUUAUGAUAAUUUAAAAAAUGAAUGUGAAGAUUUCCCAUCCACUCCAGAUAUAACAAACAUAAUUUCUGAACAUGCUUCUGAAGUUACAUCAAGUUCGUCGAUAGCAAGCAAAUUAAUUCCAAUUUUAUCGAUAUUAGUUGCAAUAGCAAUUUUUUUAGGAAUUUCUUAUAAGUAUUCGUUAUUUGGAUUUCGUAAACGAGGUCAAAAACAAUAUUUAAGAGAAAAAAUAAAAAUAAUAAAGAAGAAAAUGAAUCAUUAA